AUGAUACUGUUCACAUUCAUUCUCUUAUGCUAUUUCUGGUCUUUAUCGAAAACAUUAUUCAUCGCUUUGAUUUAUGGUAGUUGGAUGUAUAUUGAUCGACAAACACCGGUUCGAGGAGGUCGAUGGUCGAUUCGUUUACGUCAAUUAUAUAUUUGGUCAAUAGUUUCUAAUUAUUUUCCAAUAAAAUUAGUCAAAACUGAAGAUCUCGAUCCAAGUCGAAACUACAUCUUCGGUUGUCAUCCACAUGGUACGAUUACUCUCGGUGCUGGAAUCAAUUUCUUAACAGAAGCAACACAUUUUUCAACUCUAUUUCCUGGUAUUCACCCUCAUUUGAUGGCGCUUCAUUCCAAUUUUUUCUUCCCAGUUUUACGUGAAUUAAUACUUGGUUUAGGUGAAUGUUCUGUCUCAAGAGAGAGUUGUCAAUAUUUCUUAAAUGGAUCAGCUGGUCAGGGUAAUGCUGUUAUUAUUGUUUGUGGUGGCAUGCGAGAGUUGUAUUCGACAGAAUAUGAAAAGAUGACGUUCUAUUUAAAAAAUAGAAAAGGUUUUAUACGAUUAUCAUUAGAAAAUGGUACAUCAUUAGUACCGGUAAUAACGUUUGGAGAAAAUGAACAUUAUUGGCUAUAUAAGAAUUGCAUUUCAAAUCGAUUUAUUUGGGGACGAUCAAUCAUUGGUUAUCUACCUCUUCGUCACCCUGUAACAACUGUUGUCGGUAAACCAAUUCAUGUCAAACAAGUCAUUAGUCCAUCUCAAAUAGAUAUCGAUCAACUCCAUGAUCAAUAUCUUCAAACAAUUGAAGAGUUUUCAUUUUGUGUAUUAUUUCGGUUUCCUCAUUUCCUUCAUACCAACGUAUUACCGGAUGAUUGGCACAAGCUGCCAUAUAAAUUUGUACUUAUCGAUCAACAGAUAAUCUUUGAGGACAAUUUAAAUGAAGGUGUGGAUGUGGGUGGGAUUGCACUAACAGCAAUGGCGAACACUAAAAGCGUGAAUCAAAUGAAUAGAGAUCUACGCAGUCAUCCUGCUGGUCGAACGAUAGAGCGCAUCGAUCCUGCUUGUCCCGAAAGGUAUGAUCGCUACAUCCAUGCUCAUUUCAAAGAUGGCAGUGCUCUCUACAUUAACGGAGAAUGGAAACAUGGCUUCAGAAACUUAACCAACGUUGAGAAGGAAUGGUUGUCGGAAAACGGUUGGAUUCUUCGCUGA